CGCCAUUGAAGUUCAAAGAGUUAAGAAAAUGGUUUAUAAUAUAACCUUUUUCAUAGAUUAAAGCGUCAACUAAUAUUCCACGAAUUCGAGCUUUUAUCCUCCACGACGACCGCCACUAACUAUGCCUCCACCGCCGGGCUUUCCACAACUACCACCGCCACCACCGUUCUUCUGGGGGGAAACGCCUGAGGAAGAAUACUACAAAUCCCAUGGCGUCAGUAACUCCAAAUCCUAUUUCGAAACCCCUAACGGCAAGAUCUUCACUCAAUCAUGGCUGCCAUUAGACCAACCAGUUAAGGCCGCCGUCUUCAUGACCCACGGCUACACAUCCGACACCAGCUGGGUUUUCCAAAAUAUCUGUAUCGCAUACGCCAAAUGGGGAUACGCCGUCUUCGCAGCCGACCUCCUUGGUCACGGUCGCUCCGACGGACUCCAUGGAUACAUCGGAGACAUGGAUAAAGCAGCCGCGACUUCACUAUCAUACUUCGUUAGUGUUCGCCGUAGCGAACAGUACUGUAAUCUACCGGCGUUCCUUUUGGGGGAGUCAAUGGGCGGAAUGAUCACAAUGCUUAUGUACUUCCAAUCUGAUCCCGACAUAUGGUCCGGCUUGAUCUUCUUGUCUCCGUUAUUUGUCCUACCGGAAGGCAUGAUUCCCUCCAAGCUACAUAUAACGAUGUACGGACUACUUUUCGGAUUGGCAGAUACAUGGGCGGCGAUGCCAACUGCUCAAAUGGCGGUGAAGGCGGUGAAGGAUUUGGAGAAACUGAAGAUACUGGUGGUGAACCCGAAACGAUAUGCCGGAAAACCGAGGGUGGGGACGAUGAGAGAGGUGGUGAGGGUGACGAAUUAUGUACAGAACAACUUCGAGAAGGUUAGGGUUCCAUUUUUUACAGCUCAUGGCACUGCGGAUGGGUUGGCGUGCCAUACUGGUUCAGAGAUGUUGUAUGAGAAAGCUGUGACUGCUAAAGAGGACAAAACGUUGAAGCUUUAUGAAGGAAUGUAUCAUUCGUUGAUCAAUGGUGAGCCUGAUGAGGCUGCGGAUCUUGUUUUGGCGGACAUGAAAGAUUGGAUUGAUGCCAUGUCUCAAAAGUCAAAAGUAUGGCCCUAAAUCAGAAUUGCACUCAUCACUC